CUCUCCCCACACCUGCGACCUGCGCCAGGGCUGUGCCCGGAGCAAACCGGAGCCACUGGGACAGCAGCUGCGCUGGGGGCUUGGGGAAAGCUGAGCCGAGGGAGGACAGGGCAGAGGAGAGGACGGGAGCGAGGUGAGGGCUGGUGCGGAGCGCGGCGCCGGCGGCAGCAGAGGCUGCCCCCGCCCGCAGCCGCCGGCCGGGAUGAGCAUUUCAGCGGAGCACAAGCCCCUGGGGAAGCAGGUCACUGGCAGCCUGCACACGGUGUCACCAAUCGUGGAGCUAAACGUGGGGGGGGAGAUGUACACCACAACGCUGAGCACCUUGAAGAAACAUCCUGGCUCCAAGCUGGCAGAGAUGUUCAGUGGGCAGCCCAAACUCAGGACUGACUCCGAAGGCAGGUUCUUCAUCGACCGCCCAGGCACUUACUUCAAAUACAUCUUGGAGUACCUGCGCAGCAACCAGGUGCCCACCCAGUGCGUCCAGGAUGUCUACAAGGAGGCCUUGUUCUACAACAUCGAACCUCUCAUCAAGCAGCUCGAGGACUCUCCCCAGAUCUUUGGCGAGCUGGUGGCGAGGAAGCAGUUCCUGGCUCGGGUGCCCAGCUACACGGAGAACAUCGAGCUGAUGAUCCGCAUCGCCAGGGCGGAAGCGGUCGCGUCCCGGCGCUCCAGCGUCAUCGUCUGCGUGGUCAGAACCCAGGAGGAUGCAGCCAGGUGCCAGGAUGCCCUGAACAGCUUGGACAUGGAUAAAACAUCCGUGGUGAAGUUUGGCCCUUGGGAGGCAGCGCCAGGUAUUUCUGAUCUGCUGGACUGCAUCCAGAUGGAUGUCGAAGCCAAAGGGUACAAAAUCUCCUUCCAGCCCCACGUGGCUGAAAAAGGUUUUCGCCUCAAAUCCCACGACUGCUUCUACAAGUUCUGCUUCACCUGGUGGUAGCAAAGGGCCACCCCUGGUGGGGGAUGGAAGAAAGGAGUUCUUCAAACCAAUAAACUUGGGUUGUGGAGACGUCAGCCGCAGACUGACGGAGGGACAGAAAUAAAUGCAACAAAAGGA